UUCGGUGUCACCGAUUACGAUAGAGCCGACGAACCAUGGACAGCCUUUUGACAGCGGCUGUGAUGCUGGGGGUCUUUUUAGGGGCAGCCUCUGAAGUUCUGCCCAAAGUGCCUUCGACUGACUACGAAACAUCAGCCAUGGCCGUGGUCAGCGCCGAGUAUUACAACAGGGGGUCCAACGAGGAGUCGCUCUUCCAGCUACAUGAUACCGACGCAUAUUAUAUGGACACCUCCUCGAGUCCCCAAAAACUCCGUUUCGUGAUUAAGGAGACGUUAUGCAAAAAAUCAGCCGAAAGGAUCGCCGAUCAGUGCGACUUUAAAGAGGACGGGAUGGUGAAAACCUGCACCGCGACUUUCUUCGCCCCAGAAGGAGAUCGAGUGAUUCUGGUUAUUUGUGACAGCGAGCGCCGCGGUCGUCUCCGGGUAAGAAGAUCAAGAGGGGAUCGUGGCGGAGGCAAUCGUGGCGGACGUGGUGGCGGGAGGGGGAAUAGUAGGGGUAGCAGUCCCGGGCGCGGGUCUUCUAUUGCAGGAGUUGGCAGCCGUGGAAAUAGUGGAACAAGAACAGCAUGAAAAAUGGCGCUUCCAAGAAAUAAAAAACAUUAAAAAAACGAGAGAUUACUGUUGAAUUUUCAUGAAAUGCCAAAGAGUUCAAAAUAAAAUUCCAAUAAAUUCUUUUCCACUCGUUCA